AUGUUCAAGAAACGUACGAGGCCAACUUCAGUGAGGGAGAAACCUGCGGAAAGAGAAGAAGAGGCCAUAGCAGGGCCUUCGGAUACGAAUCAAGUGAGAGAUGGGGUAGAAGAGGAUGAUGAUACCACACAGAACAUUGAAGAACUCAUCUUGAUCCGUAAACUUCGCCGACCUAAACCUGGUAUAGAUCUUGAGAAACUCAAUAGGGGUGAUGACAGAAAGGGCAAGAGACCUGAAGGUGAUGCUGCGGAGAGAUAUGGGUUGCAAAGUCAACGGAAGAAGAUGAUGGAAGAAGGUUUUGAUGACGAAACAGAGAGAACCAAAAGACUCAUCAGGACGAAUAACUUUACUCAACAGACCAACGCUUUGGACGUGGAUAAGCACAUGCUUGCAUUUAUAGAAAAAGAAUUAAACAAACGUCGUGGAGCCGAAGCGGCAUCGAAAACUUCUAAUACCCAAAACGAAUCAUUCGAUCCUCAAUCAGAACUACUCGAGGUGACUAAAAAGUAUAAGAUAGAAAAGAAUAUGAAGUUGGAAGAAGAAGGGAGUUUGACAAAUUCCAUGGGAAUGUUAACUACUAUACCGGAAGUGGAUCUGGGCAUGGAAAACCGUUUACGGAAUAUCGAAGCUACUGAAAAAGCCAAAAGAGAGAUGUUGGAAAGUCGAAAAGCUGAAAGUGCACCUUUUAAGAAGAAAGCAGAAGAUGAGGAUUUUUCUUCGGCUCGAUGUGAGAUCAUAUACCUUCUUCUAUACCUUUCAUUCUCUGAACUAUUCAUCAAACCCGAUCGGCCCCGGCAUGAGCAAGCGACGGAUGAUCAAGUGUAUGAGAGGUUUAAGAAACGGUCAGUCUUUUUACCCCUUUUC